GCCGUGUAAUUUUCCCGCUGUAUUUCGAAAUAAAAAAAUAAAAAACACGUAGGUACAUUUCUUGUACACGAUAGCUUUUUAAUUACAUUACCAACUUAAAUAGCAAUUUAAGAAACAUAAUUGAUUUUAUGUUUUAUUUAAGUAUGUAGUCUUUCAAUUUAUGAUUUCUCGUGUCAGUCGAUAACUCAUUCCGCCAUUUUGGGUUCGGUUCGAAACGCGUUUGGAUCAAUAUGUUGAGCGUUUCAAUUGUAUUCUACUUGACGUUCGCAUUUUUUAUGGAAAACAUCAACUGCCUUACCUACGACGACCUUAAUAACUACGAGAAUCUGCAAUUCGUUAAUGAUAAAUCGGAGGGGGCCGCUUCCGUCUCGAGGGAAAGUGACGGAAGUGACGUCACAAAGUCAACAGGCCGCUGGUUCUAUUCGAUUGACGAGGUGAACGCGAUGCAAGGUCAACGCAAGAAGAACAAACUCUCGUUCAAAGGUCCUGACAGCGCCGACCGCGAGACCGUAGAGAAACAACAAAGGGACUUCCAAUACGUUGUGAUGACGAUAAAAAAACUGAACGCGAACGUAUUAGACAUAAACAAUAGGAUAACCAGCUUGAAUCGGUUCAUAGACGAGAAGCUUUCGAAUGUAAUCGUUCGGAGGAGCGCUCACGGCAGACUCAAGCGAGAUUUGGACAGCGCGUCAAACUUGACAGCUGUCAAAACUGACGCAAACGUUACCAAGAGCAGCGGAAGGAAAUCUAUGAACGCCCCCGGAGCGCCGAACAUUCUCAAAGAGAAACUGUUGAGCUAUUUAGAUGACGCAUUCGGAGACAUAAAAAACAAGAUGGCCGUCCUUAACGUCGUCAAAAUGUCUUACAAAAACAAUGGCUAUUUCAAAAUAGGCUACAUCACGGCCAGCCUGGACACUCUGAAGGUCUAUCUGGAUAACAUGAAGCAGGAUAUGAAUGCGAACAAAGAAUUUUGGGACGACAAAAGGGUUUUGAAUUUGUUCGACAAACUUAAGGCCGCGGAUAACGCUGUCAACGGACUUCUGGAGACGCUUAAGCUGAAAAUGCUCUGAUUCAAUAAACCAUAUGCAAAUUUA